AUGGAGCGUGGCCGGGCACCGCCGCCGCCGUGGAGGGGGCCCUGGAUCCUGGUGCUGCUGCCGGCGCUGGCGGGGGGGCAGCCGCUGGCGGCCGGCGAGGCGGCCUACGAGGAGUGGCGGGCGACGGGCGUGCGAGGCCGGGCCGUGGAGCUGAGCUGUGGGCCCGCGGCCGCGGCCCCGCCGGCCGUGGUGUUCUGGAGCUUCACGCCGCAGGGAGAGGGGCUCCCGCGGGCCGUGGCCGUGGGCUCGGGCAGGGAGGUGGCCAUGGCCCCCGGCACGGGGACGCUGGGCCGGGUGACGCUGCGCAACGGGACGCUGGAGCUGCGGGAGCUGCGCGUGGCCGCCCAGGGCCGCUUCCUCUGCCAGGGGCUCUUCCCAGAGCGGGGCCGGCUCCGUGUGGGCUAUGCCGCCGUCCUCCUGCGUGUCCUGGUGCCCGUGUCCAAGCCCUUCGUGCGGCCGACGGCGGCGGCGGCAGCGGAGGGGGCGGCCGUGGCCCUGACGUGCACCGUGCGGGAGGGGACGGAGCCGCUGAGCUUCUCCUGGCAGCACCAGGAGCCCCGGGGGGGUCCCUCCGUGACCCCUGCGGGGCUGGGGGGCUCCAGGGCGGAGCUGCAGCUGACACCCGCCAACCGCAGCCACACGGGCUGGUACAUCUGCACCGCGAGCAACGAGGUCAACAACCGCAGCAGCGACCCCGUCUACCUGGACAUCGUCUAUGGCCCCGAUGAGCCGGCCAUCCGUGUGGAGCCCUUCUCCCCAGAGCAGGGGGGCUUCUCGGCGGGCGAGCGGGAGGACGUGGUGCUGAGCUGCCUGGCUCCCUCCAACCCCCCCAGCCGCUAUGUCUGGCUGCACAACGGCUCCCAGGUGCACGUCGGCCAGACCUACGUGAUCACCGCCAUCGCCCGUGCCCAGGCGGGCACUUACACCUGCCUGGCCGAGAACAGCCACCUGCAGACGCGCACCCAGGCCACCAUCGUCCUCACUGUGUACUAUCCGCCCGCCGGGAGCCCCAGCUGCUCCGCCCUGGCCUCCGAUGACCAGCGGGACGUGGCCCUGCGGUGCCGCUGGCUGGGGGGCUUCCCCCCGGCCCGGCUGCGCUGGGUGGGCCCCCAGGAGGAGGAGGAGGAGGAAGAGGGGUUGAUGGGGACCAGCUUUUCCAUGGCCACCAGGAUCCAGGCAGGGGCAGCCACCAGGAACGGCAGCUCCUUCUCCUGCCUGGCCUCCCACCCCGCGCUGCCACUGGGGGCUGCCUGUGGGACCACCCUGUGGGUCCCGUCGGGCAGCCCCAGCUGCGCGGCGGCGGCCACCAAGGGUGACGAGUUCGUGAUGCUGCGGUGCCGCUGGGACGGGGGCGCGCCGCUCGUCACCCUGCGCUGGCGGGACAGCGCGGGCCGGACCCUGGGCGACCCCGCGCCCUCCACGGCCGUGCUGGUGCUGAGCACCGACGGCAGCCUGGGCGGCCGCGAGUUCGUCUGCGAGGCCGCGCACCCGCUGCGGGCCGCUGCCGCCCAGUGCCGCCUGCGGCUGGAGGUCCCCGAGCUGCAGGCGGAGAGCGAGGUGGCGGUGCUGGAGGGCGGCGAGGCGCAGCUGGCGUGCCGGCAGCGUGGCAGCAGUGCCAGCCUCGGUGCCACGGUGGCUUGGUACGACCCAAAGGAGCGGGAGGUGACACCGGGGCUGGCCAAGUACCAGCUGGAGCAGGGAGAAGAGUGGGUCAACCUCACGGUGCGGGAUGCCGAGUGGCCGGGGGACAGCGGGAUCUACCGCUGCACCGCCACCAAUGCCGUGGGCACCGCCAGCCUCCCCGUCCGCCUCCGCGUGGACCGGUACCCAGCCCCGCCCAAUGUCACCAUCAGUAAGCUGCGGUACACGCGGGCGCGCACCGAGGUGCGGCUGGAGUGGCGGACGCAGGGCGCCGGCAACCUCACCGGCUUCGUGGUGCAGCGGCGCCGAACCAAGAAACCCCUCCGGGAGAGCGCCAGCCCCUGGGAAACGGCGGCCGGCGACAUCGAGCCGCACUCCCGCGACCGGCGCCUGGGGGGGCUGGACCCCGCGGUGCUCUAUGCUUUCCGCGUCCUGGCCGUCAACCACCGCACGGCCGGGCACCCCUCCGAGGUGCAGACGCCAGCCGAGCCUCCCUUCGAGGCCUACCCGGCGGUGACGGGGGCGGCGGUGGCCGGGAUGCUGGUGGCCAGCGCAGCGUCGCUGCUGGCCGUGCACUGCAUCGCCCGCCACAGGGACACCCUCCCGCGGCUGCACGAGCUGCUGUUCCGCACGGCCGGGACCGGAGAGCAGGAGCCCGUGGGCACAGCGGAGGACGCUGAGGCAGCCGCAGGCGGCGAGGAGGAAGCAGGGCCAGCCCAGGGAGACUCGAGUGCCCCCGGUGCAGCAGCGGGAGCCGAGGCAGCACCAGCACAGGGAGAGCCGAGUGACCCGGGCACGGCAGCAGAGCCGCUCUCAGCAGCACCAGGCAGCACGGAUGACCCAGUUAAUGUCACCAUCACCGUGACAGCGACACCGUGA